AUGGCUCGUUCAAGUUUCACAACAGCUCCCCCAGAAGUCCGAUAUGUGCUUCUCACGUUCCCCGCUCCCCACGUCCUACUCGUGACGAUCAACCUCGCCAAGCAGAUGAACUCUCUUCCCGUGGCGGCAUGCUGGGAAAUGGAUCGGGUAUGGAAGUGGUUUGAUGCAGAGGAUGAGUUGCGUGUAGGAAUUGUAACCGGAGCCGGGAAUAAGGCGUUUUCAGCGGGGAUGGAUCUAAAAGAGCACCAAGCACCCAACUCCACCAACUCAUCCCCCGACUUAACCCACUAUCCACCUACCGGCUUUGCUGGCCUCACUCGCCGGGUAGGCAAGAAGCCUAUCAUCGCCGCAGUAAACGGGCACGCUCACGGCGGCGGGUUUGAAAUAGCCCUCAACUCUGACAUCGUUCUGGCCUCCCGCAACGCAACUUUCCGUCUGCCCGACGUAAUGCGCGGAACCGCAGCACUGGAAGGUGCAUUUCCAAGGAUUUGUAGGACGUUUGGCCUUCAGAGGGCGAUGUUAUUAGCGUUGACGGCUUAUACGCUUGGGGCGGUAGAGGCCAAGGAGUGGGGAUUGGUUGCUCAGGUUGUUGGUGAAGAGGAUGUGGUUAGAGAGGCGGUUAAAAUGGCGAAUUUGAUGGCUGGCUUCAGUCCUGAUAGUCUAAUUGUUAGCCGGGCGGGGGUUAGACAGGCGUGGGAGACGGCUAGUGUCGACCAGUCGACGAGUAUUAUUAGUGAGAAGUAUGCGAAAGCGCUUAUGAGCGGGGAAAAUGCGCUGGAAGGCAUGAAGGCUUUUAAGGAGAAGAGGGCGCCAAAGUGGACUGGGAGUAAACUGUGA